AUGGACCACUCAACUGCUCCCACCCUGACCGCCACAGAAGGGGGCAGACCAGUGGUCCACGGUAAGCAAAGCCCUUCUAUUGAGCUGCCGGUCCGUCUCUCGCACGAUGGACCACUCAACUUCGCUCCCACCCUGACCGCCACAGAAGGGGGCAGACCAGUGGUCCACGGUGUAUUUACUUGGUGUUUAGUGUCAGUGCUGCUGGAUUUGUUUGGGCCCGCCAACGGCUCUGGGGGCCGCCGCGUUUCUUAUGAGGCCCUCAUAGACCGCGUCAGGGCCCGCGUCAGAGACCUCAAGUGGAACCGCCUGUUUGCCCUGGAUCAGAUGCCUGAGCUGACUAUACACACGGGGGGCAACGCCUCCUUCAGUGAUUUGUUUUAUUCUUUGGGUCGUCCUGCUGCUUUCUCUCCCCCUUCUUCUCCCUCAGCAGCAGCAGCAGCAGCAGCAGCAGCAGCAGCAGCAGCAGGAGGAACAGCAGCAGCAGCAAGCAGCAACACGGGCAGUGCGCUGCAGCAGACCUUCGCAGCAGCGCUAACGGCUACACAGCGUCUCAGCGCGGCGUGCUGCGUCCACAGGCCGGAUGCAGCAGCAGCAGCAUCAGCAGCAGCAGCAGCUGCUGCUGCUGCUGCAGGGGGGCCCCCAGAAUAUAUGGAAGGGUACUCCUUCUUAGACCCCGCGAGGGCUUGGCUUGAACUGACAUGCGGGGGGCCCCCCCCCAGCCACCGCAGCCUGCGGCCUUCAUACUCAACUCUACCCUACAGCCUCAGCAGCAGCUCGCUGCCGGGUUCGCUGCUGCCGUCUCACAGCAUGCAGCAGCAGCAGCAGCAGCAGCAGCAGGCAGCAGCUGCUGCUGCUGCUGCAGGGGGGCCCCCAGAAUAUAUGGAAGGGUACUCCUUCUUAGACCCAGCGAGGGCUUGGCUUGAACUGACAUGCGGGGGGCCCCCCCCCAGCCACCGCAGCCUGCGGCCUUCGUACUCAACUCUACCCUACAGCCUCAGCAGCAGCUCGCUGCCGGGCUCGCUGCUGCCGUCUCACAGCAUGCAGCAGCAGCAGCAGCAGCAGCAGCAGCAGCAGCAGCAGCAGCAGCCCUAUACUGCAGCUGAGUGUUUCCGCCUCGUACAAAGCCGAGAGGAAUCUGCUGACUCAGUUGCUUCCUUCGAGACCUUCGCCCCCAAGAAGCCUCGUGCUGCAGCAGCAGGAGAGGGUGCAGCAGCAGCAGCAGCAGCAGCAGCAGCAGCAGCAGCAGGGGGCGGGGCUGGUGGAGUCUCAGCGCGGCGUGCUGCCUGA